CCAGAUGCAAGAGCUGACCGCAAAAUGGAAAAUCUUUACAUACUCAUGUAAAUAACAUGUCAAGAAAUGGUUACGCAAAUCACUGGUAUAUGAUUCAUUCUUUAACACGAAAUAGUAAAUCAUGUUUAUCACGUCGUGACUGCAGCCGGACAACGACCGACCGCUAACUCGCAUCACAAAACGUUCGACCAUAGAAGUAUUGACUACAAAGCAGAGCACGCAUCGAUAGAAUACUAUUAUAUAAUAUAUUAUUGGAUAUCAUGUAUCAUGCAUGUUAAUAAAUAGGCCUAGACUGAAAGGGCAUGCUAUUUACAGUCAAUUAAACAUUUUACGGAAAUGCCAUACUAUAGGCCUAUACUGAAUAUGGUACCGAGCCCAAAAAUAUAACAUGUUUUUUUCUUGUGCUAUGUAUGUAAAUCUGGCUUAAAUAUGACAAAAGGCGUCCGUCGGUGAUAUAAGAAAGGGAAAGCCUUCCCUAUAUAGAUCUAAGUGGGAGGGCUGGCUGCAGAGAGGCGUUUGGGUUCCCUUAAUCCCACAGCGAUCAUCAUACGGUGACGUACCGACUCGCAAACUCACGACUGCCCUAUAUAAACGGCGUGCGAGGCUGGAGGGGAACAGUAAGCAGCCGAUACAUGAUCUUCAGAGGAGGAUAGGCGUAGUGGCAGCGGAGCUUGCGUACUCUGCAUAGGGCAAACUGCGCCAGUGUUUUCAGACGAUAGAUGCGUGUGUCGGGAGCAAGCAUGGACGCGAAAAGCAGCGGCGUUUUCUUCCCCGUGCACGGCACCGCCGAGGUCAAUGGCACCGGCGUAGAUCGUCCUGAAAGCGGCGUGCCAGUCGAGCCCCAGAGAUGCGCUCUCGGCGGACCACAGAUGCAGUUCCCCGGCGUGAGAAACGCGUGCAGCGGCGACCCCUCCAAAGUCCUCCUGAAGUACAGAAACGCUUCUGAUCUCAGGGUCUCAUACAUUCCAAAGUCAGAAGCUGGGAUCAUUAAAAGUGUCACGGCUCACUGGUUACAGCCGGAAACUAAAGCGAGGACCGUGCGGUCCUCCAGCAUAGGUAGUCGGUAUCCGUCCUUAGACCGCUUUCCCUGCAAAAGAUUUUCUGUGGAUCGGCUGGCAGCGCUGGCACUGCACGGUCAGACAUGCCACCUUAAUAGCGACACCGAGCCUCGCUCCGUCAAGCCAAAGAAUCGCCGGCGCAUCGUGGUGCUGGGAGCGCGCAAAGUGGGCAAGACCUCCAUCCUGCGGAGGUUCCUCCGCGAUGGCUUCGAGGAGCAUUACGAGCCCACCUCCGAGGACUUUCACAGAAAGCUGUACGACAUCCGUGGGGAAACCUAUCAGAUUGACAUCCUCGAUGCCUCGGGGGAGAGGGAUUUUCCUGCAAAACGCAGACUGUCAAUCCUCACAGGUGACAUAUUUCUUCUGGUGUUCAGCGUGGAUGACAAAGAAUCUCUGGACGAAGUCUGUGCAUUGCUCAAGGAGGUUGUAGCUGCCAAGUGUAAACUUCUAAAAUCCAAAGAAAACGCGUGCAUCCCGGCUGUGAUAUGCGGGAACAAGGUGGACUUGAGUCGGGAGGAGAGGACCGUGAGCCAUGCGGACGUGUUCCGUGCACUUGGAGACGAUUUUCCCUACUUCGAAAUCUCCGCCAAGGAGGGAACCAACCUGGAAGAGAUGUUUGAAGUUCUGGCGGAACGGGGAGGACUUCCAACCGAGACCGGCCCCUCGCAGCACCGCAAGAUCUCCAUUCGCUCGUACCGGGCCUUGCGUUCCGGCAGACCGGCGGGAAGGCGAAUAACGCCCGUCCAAGAUGCGCCAUGCGGGGCGCUUUGCCCGUUAACUCGCCGGCCGAGCUUCAACACCGACCUCCGACAGGUCCUCGGAACCAGUACCUCCAGGAAACGAAGAAAACCUCUCGACAAGUGUCAGAUUCAAUGAGAGCACAACUCAGGGGACAUUUUUGCUAAAACGUUUGUCUGUUUGUUUCCAUUACAUGAGAAUGCAUUUAUUAUAACGUUACCAUUUUAUUUCAUACAUGCUGGCUGGACCAGUAAAUAAUUGUGAUGACAGCGCGUUAACCGAAUGUGUGACUUUUAAAAUUUUAAUUUUUAAGAAUAAAUGAUGUCUGAAGUUGCAUGGUAAA